AUGUUCACUUCAGAUCCGCCAGAAAUCACUCACGACACUGUUUUAGGCUGCCCGGAAUGCAAUUUUUUAUGCUGCUCGAUGAAUCAAAUGUGCCGGCAUAUGUGCGAAACCUUACACGGACUAGUUAAAUGCCCGCUGUGUGAUACAUACAUUGUGGGAAGAGCCUUCCGUGCGAGCAUCAACAAAAUUUUGAAAACAAACAAAGCAAAGGAGAUAAAAGCGGCGGUUUCUGGACCUGCACCUAGCACUGUAUCAUCGACCGAUGCCUUCUUGCAUACGCGAUCACCAAUUUUAGAGAUCGACGUGGUCAGCCACUCCCAUCUGGCCCUCUAUCCUGACAUUCGAAUUAAUGAAAAGGAUGCAUUCAAGCGGCCGGGUAAGCCAGAAGAUUACGGACUGGAGCCUGUGAAAAAGACGGAUGCGACGAGCCUGCGGCAUGCCGCCUUCACGCACGAAAACGCCCAAUCCUCUAGCGUGAUGAAGCAAGAUAAUGGGUAUAAUGUGUCGAAAAUGACAUUUCGCUGUAUGAGCUGCUAUUUUUGCUACGAUACGUGGACCAAGAUGACGAAACAUCUGGAGCACACCACGCACACCCUCCCUCGGUGCGCGCAGUGCAAUAGGUUAUUUAUCUGCUUUGGUCCAUGGCGGCCAAACAAACAUGAGGAAAUCACAGACCACCUGGGCUUCUGGGGGGUUUUCAACAAUAAAAAGAACUAUUUGCUUGAAAAUCAAGGGCUUUCUCAUUACAACAUCCGCAACAAAUUCACUGGGUUUUGUGUUUUACAAUACACUUGUGUGUGCGGCAUUACCUUUACACAUCCCGUCCAUUUAGCUGAACAUAUGCGAACUGUUCAUCACCUCGAAUGUAUUGCAGACGAGGCCGAAUGCAAGACGUGCAAUGUACGACUUUCCCUUCGGGAUAUGAUCCAGCACCUUCGGACCCCUGUUGAGAAGAAACAAGAGCCAAAUACAAUCGAAGAAGGAGAGGUUGAGAAAACUAUAUCAACACCAAAUACCCCACAAGAAACAUCUGACUUUCCCUCAAAUGAACAUGAUACCGAGUGUGGAGGCGAAAUAUUUUCCGCAAGCCCAUUCCUCACGCAUCGUCCGCUGAUUCAGCCGAUCGAACAAACCAUUUCCGGCUCAACUUCCGAAGGAAAGAGCGGUAAAGAACCUUUCUAUAUUGUGGUAUACCAAUGCUGGGAGUGUUUCUACUUGUUCACGUCAUGGAAACGAAUGGUGAAUCAUAUAAUGGACACCAAGCAUUGUCUUAGCUAUUGUGUUGAGUGCAAAGGCUAUUUGAAGCCCAUGCAUAAUGCGAGUAAGAUGAGUAAGAAGACAAACCUUCUUACACACUUUGAGCACAUUCAACGACAUAAAAAUAUUAUUGGCCCCCCAGUGAUGCCUGAUUCACUGGAAGUACUAAUAGACGCCUCCGAAGGCUCCGUCCCUGGCAUGUUUGACCCCCCACGUGGACGGACGAGUUUGAGUCCGUACAAUGAUAAUGCGAUUAUAUUCUGCUAUCAGUGUCCCGGUCAUAAGGUCAAUUGCUAUGAGGUAUUCCUAUAUUAUGGGGAUCUCGUGGAGCACCUUAUCGCCACCGGACACGGCAGACAUCCGGAAAAUUCAGAGCUCCUCGAGGCUGCGAUGCCGAUGGUCACCUAUCGCGCAAAGUUCACCGUCUCACAGCUUGUGAAACAUUUUAACUUCGUGAAGUGUACAUUCUGUAAGCGUCCUUUUCCACAGAAUCGUUUGCAGGUUCAUGAAGCAAUUUGUAAGCAGUGUACAUUGCCUCCUUUAGAAAAUGAGGUACAAUAG